AUGUCAAACAAUCAAGCUCGUAAUGGAUCACCAGCUCCGGAAUUGAAUAGACCAACUGCUAAAAGAUCUCCUUCGAUUUUGGUCACAGAUGCGCGGAGUCAUCAGGUGAAGGGAGCUAGGGCCCCGUUUGCGGGUCACAGCUUUAAAAAGCAGCAACAACGCCAACAACAGCAGCAUCAAUCACCAUACAGCUUUGAGCAGCUGCAACAUCAAAAUGCUUUACUGAAACGAUUGGCCUUUCGGAAUAAGUACACUGACAUUUCGGUUGACAAAUUACUCAGCAAUUCAAGUGAUAUACCUUCUGGUCAGAGUCGACUCCCACCGAAAUUUGGCCAGGGUCGCAAUUAUGAUAGGAAUAGUUCGUCAUCGCCUCCACCUCCCCCGAUAGUGAGCCCUUCAAACCCCGAGUCAAGGAGGAAUAUAAGAAGUAUACCUAAAUUAUCGCAGUCUUUACCAUCAAGGACAUCAAAGACUUCACAAAAAUUGGUUUUGAUACCAGAUGAACAAAGGCAUGGUGGAUCACCCCCACCUAACAGUGGUAGUGAGGAUCGAACGACAGAACCACCCGACAAUAAUUUGGAUUUGCAAGCUCAAAUUUCGCGAUCAAGAGCAGAACUAAUGCCGAAGGAGAAACGAGCAAGAGAGUUUAGUAGAAUGACGGCUUACUUUAUCUGCGAAGAAUUCGAUUUACCAGCUGUAGCAAAAUUUCUAAGAAAAAAUCACGAGGUCAAGCCAAGACUAUACGAUGAGGCGUUGUAUGUUCCAUAUACAUUACCAUUGCUACCGGGAACUGACGGCUUGCGUGUGAAAUCAAAUAAUUCCAUCAAGCUACAGGCAAAGAAUAAACACAUGGAGAAGAUGAUUAAUAAAUCGGAACAGACUGAUCAUCUUUAUGAAUAUUACUCUGGGGUGGAAACACCAGAGGAUGCCAACAACUACUCAAUGGACCCUGAGUUGGAAAAUUUUGAUAACAGCAGCCCGUUUGACCCUAGUGAGCCGCAAUUUUUUGCUCCUCCGUUGGACUCAUCCAGAAUCAGCGAUGAUGGUAAUAGUGCAGACUCGAACAGCGACAAGAGUGAUAAAAGUUCAAAGAAAAGGUCAGAGGAGGUUCAUAGUUCACUGUCGUCGGUACAUCAUCUGUCAGAUGUUUCCAAGCAUCAUGCGGAAAUGUUUGUUUUUGCAUAUGGUGUUGUUGUGUUUUGGAAUUUCUCUGAAGUUCAUGAAAAGAAUAUUCUUGCUGAUUUGGCAUUUGCUGAACAAGAGCUCCUCAUAAAUCCUAUUGACGAGCAGGACAUUGAAACUGAAGAGUUCCAUUUUGAGUAUGACAAGGAAAUCCACAGGCCCAGGAUAUAUAAUGAUAUGAUCACUUUACGAUCAAGUGAUCAUUUGAUUAAACUCACAAUGUCUCAUGCAAUUGCCCAACUGACAAAGUUGGGAUUAUUCGAGAGCAGAAUGGUGAACAUCUUACAUCUGAUUAGUAAGCUUCCCAAGAAGUUGGCAUUGACUGGGCGAUUGGGAUUAAAGAGGAAUCAAUUAUUGAAAAAGUCGGGUAAAUUGUUCAAGUUACGAGUAGAUGUAAACUUGUCAAGUUCAAUUUUGGAUACGCCUGACUUUUUCUGGUCCUUUGAACCCGCGUUGCAUCCGCUAUACAAUGCUGUUAGAGAGUAUUUGGAGAUUGAUCAGAGGGUGCAGGUUUUGAAUGAUCGAUGUAAAGUAUUCUUGGAGUUUUCUGAUAUUGUUACAGACAGCAUGAAUGAGAAAAAUACAAACCGUAUCACCUGGAUGUUGAUAAUCAUUAUAUUCCUUAGUCUUUUCGUGAGUGUUUUUGAGUUUAUAUUGGAGGUUAUAUAG